GAGGAGAUUCAGGCGAUGAAGCGCCGAGUUGCGGAGAUGGAGGAGGAGGCCAAGAAGCUCCGCGAGAUGCAGGCGACGCUGGAGCAGCAGUCUGCGGACCUCGCCGACGACAAGGAGUCCGUGGAUGCGCGCAGCAUCUUUGUGGGCAACGUCGACUACUCGGCCUCGCCCGAGGAGGUCCAGGCGCACUUCCAGAGCUGCGGUUCCAUCAACCGAGUCACCAUCCUUCUGGACAAGUUCACCGGACAGCCCAAGGGCUACGCCUAUGUCGAGUUCACCGAACCAAGCCUGGUUGCCCAGGCCCUCGUCUUGAAUGAGAGCGUCUUCAAGGGCCGCAACAUCAAGGUCACUCCGAAGCGCACCAACAUUCCUGGCAUGAGCCGCGGUCGUGGAAGAGGAGGCUUUCGCGGCGGCGGCCGAGGAUUCCACGGACGCGGUGGGUUCCCUCGUGGCGGCGGCUACCGUGGUGGUUACCGGGGCCGUGGACGAGGCUACGCCCCUUACUAG